UAGACGAACUCAAAAACGAGGACGUACAAUUACGAUUGAACUCCAUCAAGAAAUUGUCGACCAUUGCUUUGGCACUAGGAGUUGAACGCACUCGUUCUGAACUGAUUCCUUUCCUCACCGAUACCAUUUAUGACGAAGACGAAGUACUCUUGGCUUUGGCCGAACAACUCGGUAACUUCAUCAACCUUGUUGGAGGUGGUGAAUUCGCCCACUGCCUGCUGCCACCGCUGGAGUCACUCGCUACAGUCGAAGAGACAGUAGUGAGAGAUAAGGCAGUUGCCUCACUACGUGCAGUCGCAGCCCAUCACACUCCUCAAGCAUUGGAACAGCACUUUGUACCUUUAGUACAGCGUCUAGCUGGUGGGGACUGGUUCACAUCGAGGGCUUCAGCAUGUGGACUGUUCAGUGUGUGUUACACGCGGGUCUCCGCCCCCGUGAAGGCGGAGCUCCGCCAGCACUUCCGCACGCUUUGCCAGGACGACACGCCGAUGGUGCGCCGCGCAGCCGCUUACAAGCUGGGAGAGUUCGCCAGAGUGGUCGAAGUGGAGUAUGUGAAGAGCGAACUUAUACCCAUGUUCGUGUAUUUGGCACAGGAUGAACAAGACUCAGUACGUCUGCUGGCUGCGGAGGCCUGUGCCACCGUGGCUGGUCUGCUGCCACCCGAGGACAUGGAGCAGCUGGUGAUGCCGACUGUCCGCGCUCGUGCUGGAGACACCUCCUGGAGGGUGCGCUACAUGGUCGCUGACAAGUUUGUAGAAUUGCAGCAAGCGGUAGGCCCGGAGCUGGCGAGAUCAGACCUCGCUCAGAUAUUCCAAGCUCUGCUGAAGGAUACAGAGGCUGAAGUCAGGGCCGCAGCCGCUGGGAAGGUCAAAGACUUCUGCAUGAAUCUGGACAAGGCUCACCAGGAGCACAUCAUAAUGACAAUGAUCCUGCCGCAGAUCAAGGAUCUGGUCUGCGAUCCCAACCAACAUGUUAAAUCUGCUCUCGCUUCAGUCAUUAUGGGACUUAGCCCUAUUGUUGGCAGACACAAUACUAUCGAAUACCUCCUGCCGUUGUUCCUCACACAACUGAAAGAUGAAUGCCCCGAAGUCCGACUAAACAUUAUAUCUAACUUAGAAUGUGUUAAUGAAGUGAUCGGAAUCCAACAAUUAGUGCAAUCUUUACUCCCGGCCAUUGUAGAACUCGCUGAAGAUACAAAAUGGAGAGUCCGUCUUGCUAUCAUCGAGCAUAUGCCAUUAUUAGCUGGACAACUCGGACAGGAGUUCUUUGAUGAGAAAUUGACAGGACUCUGCAUGUCCUGGCUUAUCGACCACGUGUAUGCGAUACGUGAAGCGGCAACACUCAAUUUGAAGAAAUUAGUGGAACAGUAUGGAGCGACUUGGGCAGAGACAAAUGUGAUUCCAAAAGUAAUGGCGAUGUCUAGAGAACAGAAUUAUCUCCACAGAAUGACUUAUUUGUUCUGUAUUAAUGUGUUGUCCGAAGUUUGUGGCAAAGAUAUAACAACCAGAGUGCUUUUGCCGACAGUCUUGUCUAUGGCUGAUGAUAAUGUUGCCAACGUGAGGUUCAAUGUUGCCAAAACAUUGCAGAAAAUGGCGCCGUAUCUUGACCCUGCGGUUAUUCAGCCGCAAGUGAAGCCAGUUUUGGAGAAAUUGAACGUAGAUCCGGAUGUCGAUGUGAAAUAUUUCGCAUCUGAAGCGAUUGCCGGAAUUGCUGGAUAGAUUUCUUUUUAGUAUUCUUAUUUUCUAGUUUUAAUAAUCUCGGAAACAUUUAAUAAAAUAUUAGUCAACUGUACAAAAGAUUCUGAGUAUGGAUUUCAUUCCAGUUUAUUCGGCUGAUUCUGAGUUAUGUUAUCUGUAAAUUAUGACUUUUUAAUUUGUAAAUUACAGAUUAUAUAAGUUUGUCACUAUUUGUAAGGUUUGCAAUUAAUCAACACUCCAUGUGAAACUUAAACAAAUUUAUUAUAAUAUAAAACAAC